AUGGCCUCACUUAACACCACCCUACGUCAUCCCCACUCAUUCCUUCUGCUGGGGAUCCCUGGACUGGAGCGCAUGCAUCUCUGGAUUGGUUUUCCUUUCUUUGCUGUGUUCCUGACAGCUGCACUUGGAAAUCUAUGCAUCCUUUAUGUGAUUCAGACUGAACGCACUCUCCAUCAGCCCAUGUUCUACUUCCUGGCCAUUUUGUCAUCUAUUGACCUGGGUCUGUCCACAUCCACCAUUCCUAAGAUGCUCAGCAUCUUUUGGCUUAACCUGAGAGAAAUACCUUUUGAGGGAUGCCUCAUCCAGAUGUUCUUCAUCCACCUGUGCACUGGCAUGGAGUCUGCCGUGCUGGUAGCCAUGGCUUAUGAUCGCUAUGUGGCCAUCUGUAACCCUCUUCGUUACACAUUGGUGUUGACAAACAAGGUUGUAAUUGUCAUUGCGUGUGUAAUCUUACUGCGACCCCUGUCUUUUGCCAUCCCCUUUGUUCUACUUAUCCUAAGGUUACCAUUUUGUGGGCAUCAAAUCAUUCCACACACUUAUUGUGAGCAUAUGGGCAUUGCCCGCCUGGCUUGUGCCAGUAUCAAGGUGAAUAUGAUCUAUGGCUUAUGUGCCAUCUCUAUCCUGGUAUGUGACAUCAUAGCUAUUGUCAUUUCUUAUGUCCAGAUCCUUCGUGCUGUAUUUCAACUCUCUUCUCAGGAAGCCCGUCUCAAAGCACUCAGCACCUGUGGAUCUCAUGUCUGCGUCAUGUUGACGUUCUACACUCCUGCGUUUUUCUCCUUCAUGACUCACCGAUUUGGCCAAAAUGUACCGCGAUACAUUCACAUCCUUCUUGCCAAUUUUUAUGUAGUUAUUCCACCUGCUCUGAACCCUGUAAUUUAUGGAGUGAGAACCAAACAGAUUAGAGAACGAGCGUUGAAAAUGUUUUCAAAGGAAUAA